UACAGCGUUCAGGUUACUAUAGAUAUUUGUGUUGGCGUGACGAAAUGGCAAGAACAAAGCAGACAGCUCGUAAGUCUACUGGUGGGAAAGCUCCCCGAAAGCAACUCGCUACUAAAGCCGCACGUAAGAGCGCUCCUGCUACUGGUGGAGUAAAGAAGCCUCACCGUUAUAGGCCUGGUACGGUAGCUCUACGAGAGAUUCGUCGCUACCAAAAAUCCACCGAGUUGCUUAUCCGCAAACUGCCUUUCCAACGCCUGGUUAGAGAAAUCGCCCAGGAUUUCAAGACCGAUCUCCGUUUCCAGAGCUCCGCGGUUAUGGCUUUACAGGAGGCCAGUGAGGCUUAUUUGGUCGGCCUGUUUGAGGAUACUAACUUGUGUGCUAUCCACGCAAAGAGAGUGACCAUAAUGCCUAAGGACAUCCAGCUGGCUCGCCGCAUUCGUGGAGAACGCGCCUAAGG